AAUGGGUUGCUGAAUGUCAGUCACGCCUAAUAAUAGAGGCCCUAAAAAGAUUAGAAGACCUCAACAAAGGCUUGAAAAUGAUGGUGUUAUUGCUAGAGAAGCUCCACAGUAUGAGGAAAGUAGUAUAAUUCAAAAUGAGCCGAUACAAGAGGAAAGAAAGCAACCAGUCAAUAGAAUCGGUCUCAGAGUUGUCAGCAGCAAUGUGAAUCAAGAAGAAGUCAAAGAAGAAGAGAAUUCUGUUGUUGAGCAUAGGAUCUACUGAGUUGAAUGCGGUAUCGGAAUUGCAACUCAGGAGGAGUUCCUAAACCACCUCUUCUCAUGUAGAGCCCAGGCGGUUCAAAAUAAUAUUAACAACCAAAUAAUAGCGAAAGCUAAGGUCGAAGAUGCUUCAAAAUAUGAAAUUGAAAAGAAGAGGAUUUGGUUCAGAGAGAAUCUUACCAAACUUCGUGUGAGUAUUCUAGAAGACUCUAUAACAAUAGUCAUCUCUAGAGAUAAUGUCUUGGAGGAGACUCUUAACCAAUUCUCCACAGUAGACAACCUUGAUCUCCAUAAAGAUAUAAAAAUAUUUUUUAUUGAUGAAGAAGCCAGAGAUGUAGGAGGUGUCAUUAGAGAAUGGAUCAGUAUAAUCACACUUGAAAUCCUCAAACCUGAGACAAAAGUAUUCGAAGUAGUAAAUAAUGGUGAAGAUACUUUUUAUACAAUACAUCCUGAAGCUACUUACGAGAUGUGACAUUUUGCAGGCCAGAUCUUUGGCAAAGCCAUUUUUGAAGGAGCCCCGCUUGACGGAAGACUCUCUAAACUCUUGCUUAUGAAAUUGAUGCUGAAGGAGCCGACACUAGAAGACCUUAAGUAUUAUGAUGAGCAACUGUAUAAGUCUAUUUCUUAUUUAUUCAAUGAUGGAGUCAAUGCAGCUGAUCUCUGUAUGAAUUUCACGAUCUUGGAUAAUGGCAAAACUGUGGAACUUAAGCAAGACGGAGAAAAUACCGAACUAACUGAUGCAAACAAGGAUGAGUAUGCCUUACUUGUGGUGGAAUACUAUACCUUCAGAAGGGUGGAGACUCAAACAGUAGCAUUUGUGGAGUCUUUUCUUAACAUUAUCCCUCAUGAUACUAUUUCGAUCUUUACUAUUGAUGAGCUGGACCAGGUCCUUUUCGGGCUUAAAGAAAUUGAUAUAGAGGAUUGGAAGGAAAAUACCUUUUAUAAAGGCAAAUAUAUGGAAAAUAGUGAUCAUAAAACUAUCAAGUGGUUCUGGGAAAUCAUUUCUAGUCUGAGCAACAAUGAAAAGAGAAAGUUUCUUCAGUUCUGUACCGGCUCAAGGUCCUUACCAAUUGAAGGAUUUAAAGGUUUGAAAGGCCAAAAGAAGCAGAACUGAAAAUUUUCGAUAGAGUCUGUGUCUUGCAAAUAAGACUCAAUUCUUAAGAGCCCAUACAUGAUUUAAUUCACUCGAACUCCCUACUUACGAGACUAAAAAAGAAGUAGAAACUGCGAUUAGAUAUGUGCUUGAUCAGAAAGAAUUCUACUUUGGAUUGGAGUAAACAAUACACCCUCCUGACAUUUCUUUUUCUGUUGGAAAAGUUCUGAAAUUUUCUUAGGAUGCUAUAAUAAUCUUUAUUGAUAAUUACCUUCAAUAUUUA